AGUACUUGUGACAUCGAGUUUAACAGUUCCCAGUAUUAUGAGCAUAUAUCAUCCGUACUGAUUCCAAGAGAGAGAGACAAAGGACUCUCGGUUUUCACUGCAGGUACAUGUUAUCGCCUGUUAAUCCGGACAGGCAAAAUAAUACCCUCGCAGGCCACCCAUCAGUUAUCACUAACACUGGACAUGACAAACAUCGGAUUGGUUGUUCUAAGCGUUAUCUGCUUGGCUAUAGCAAUUGACGGCUUAGAACAACCACUCACAGCGCAACAAACGACUGGUAGUAACGAGACAGAAGAGGAACCACAUCCAUACACUAUCUCUUUCUUUGUAUUCCCUCAUGGCGCCGCGUCAGACCUGCUGCAAAGGGCAAUGAGCCCAAAGAAAAAUACCGUAAAAUCGCUAAUUACUAACGCGACUGCAGCCAAUGGCAGUGCCGAAGAAACAUGGAUCGAUAAGGAAGACAUCGAUCCUGAUUUACUCUAUCAACGGGGCAGUAUUAACCACCCCACGAGUGAGAUGUACCCUAAAUGCCAUCAGUGUACCAAGAACUCCACCUAUGAAGGAUGUACCGAGAAGAAGACUCUAAAAGUGUGCAACAAGGGGCUGGCUAACAUCUGCUAUACCAAGAGUGUUAAGAGAGGCGAGGUAGUGCACUAUGAGAUGGGAUGUGCUACACACAAGCAGUGUAGGCGCGCAAGGGCACAGCCUUGUGCUUUCAAAGUCAAGCACUGUUUCACGUGUUGUCAGUGGAGUGGCUGUAAUUCCCAGUCUCAUCAUCACAAGAAAUUCCCAUUCGUCAAAGACAUCGAUACCAAGUUAUCCUUCGACAGCAAAUCAGCGCAUAUCACAAUCGUCUGGGAACUACUUAUAACCAGUCUCCUUUCGACAAUUUUUCUCUCAUAAGAAACUGGACACCAGUCCCUUCUCGACAGCUGUUAUAAAAGCCGUCCUAUCAUUUAGUGGCAAAGGUUGACCUUGGACAAGAAAAUGACUUGCUUUAAUGUUGAACUGAAUGUUUUAAGUAACUUCAAAGUAUUCAUUUUCGCACAUGGGGGGUGGGGUGCGUAGGGAAUAUAUGUUAUCAUGUGACUGUAAAUGACGUAAGCUAGCUCGCACGACAUGAACUUCGCUUGAAUAUUUCAACAGAACUCCUUUUCCUUGAAGGUACUAUGAGGGCUAUUAUCUGUUUGCUCCAUAUUGGGGGUUUUAGCAAUACUAUUGAUAAUACAUAGGAAGGGAAUAAAGUGUAAAUAGCGAUAGAUAAACUAAAUGUUUUGCCUGUCA